ACCGUUUACCAGCACUCUGAAAACUCGCAAAGAAAACCCGAAGCCUGUUUCUUCCUUUUUGAACGAGAGACCUGAUAGAUAGAGCCAACCAAGAUGUCCGAAGAGGCCAACACAGCCGUGUGGGAUGACUCCCUGCUGGUAAAGACGUACGACCAGUCCGUGGGACUGGCCCGCGAAGCUCUGGCCCGCCGACUGGCCGAUUCCACCAACAAGCGCGAGGAGGAGAACGCAGCCGCCGACGAGGAAGCUGCCGAGGAUUCGGCCACCGGUGGGGCUCCCAGCGAGGAACCGAUGUCGUUUAAGGUGGGCGACUAUGCCCGAGCCACCUACGUGGAUGGACUGGACUACGAGGGCGCCGUGGUGUCGAUCAACGAGGAGAAGGGCACCUGCAUCAUCCGCUAUCUGGGCUACGAGAACGAGCAGGAGGUGCUGCUCCUGGACCUCUUGCCCACCUGGGGCAAGCGGGUUAGGCGCGAGCAGUUCCUCGAGGCCAAGAAGGAGGAGUCCUCGCCUGGCCCUGCGGGUCAGCUCAAAAGUCACAAGUCAUCCAUUGCCGCUGCAGGCACUUCCAAGAAUCUCAAGUCGGGCGGCAGGCUGGUCAUGCCGCCCAUGCCUCCGGUGCCGCCCAUGAUCGCUGGCCAAGGCGAUGGUGCCGAGCAGGACUUUGUGGCCAUGCUCACCGCCUGGUACAUGUCCGGCUACUAUACUGGUCUCUACCAGGGAAAGAAGGAGGCCAACACCAACACCAGCGCCAAGAAGAAGACGCCCAAGAAGUAAUUCCAUCUAUCAUUUCACAUCAUAUCUUUUUUCAAGACUUGUAGCCACUAAGCAAAAGAAACAAUUAAAAAUUGUUGUGUUUAAAGA